AUGACAGAGGCACCCUACGUAACGAUACGAUCGAGGCAGACGGCCGGAGGAGGAAGCAGCCUGCCCACAAGUGUAUGUGCCGACUACCAAGCCGAGACCUCAACCGUUGCUGUGGUUGAGGGGUCCGCGAAGAGGGCGUUUCCUAAUCGUGGCCGGUCCUCCCAAAGGUAUAAGAAGGUACAGGCUCUCCUAUUGCACUGGAGUACCGAUGAUCUCUUUGUGCUUCCCGAGUUGGAGGACCUGGAAAAGUGUCUGCGCGAGGAUUACGCCUUCGAGACGGAUAUAUUUCCCAUGCCUGCCGACAAUGCGCACCUGGAGCUCAUGAUGAGGAUCGGCCAACUAAUCAAGCAGCACGAGUCUACCGACACCUUGUUUGUGGUGUACUAUGGCGGACACGCGCGAAUCGACGAGUCGAGGCAGAGCAGAUGGUGUGCGACGAGGAACCCCGAUUCCCCGUGGUUACAGUGGUCCGCUAUCCAGACAUUACUUGAGCGAUCCAUAUCGGACAUUCUCAUCCUCCUCGACUGCUGCGCCGGUGCUGCCAGCGCCACUUUCUCAACCGGAAGUAGCAUAACCGAAACCAUUUCAGCUUCGAGUUGGGACGCCAUCGCACCAGACCCGGGCAGGUACUCCUUCACCAACGCCCUGAUUGAAGUGCUCCAGGAGUGGCGCAUACGAACGUUUUCCGCCGCGAUGCUGCACGCCGAGGUGCUCGCCAGGUUAAAACACCCCCGCCCCAUCAUGAUCAAUGGCAAGUAUUUUGAGGCUAGGUCAACACCGGUCCAUUUCAUGAUGACCUCAGAUCACAAGGCCCCCAGUAUCGAGAUUUCGCGCACCGCCGCCUGCGAGCCCAGCUCCGAGGAGGUCGUUGGAACACCAGAGACGAGCACCACCAGCGUGAGCGCCGCGUCGGAGCCCAGCGAGAAUGUGCCCCACGUCAUGAUUUCUCUAGCCCUCGAAGAUGACCAGAGACUGGACUUGAAUGCUUGGGAAAGCUGGCUGUCUAACUUUCCCGCCCUCGCCAAGUAUGUCAAGGUCCAGGGCGUUUUCAAGAGCCAUUCCACUCUCCUCCUCGUUUCGAUGCCUGUGAUGAUCUGGGAUCUUUUGCCCGAGAAUGAGGCCACAUCCUUCGUCGCCUUCAUCCGCUCCAAUAACCUCGCAAUGCCAAGCACUCAGCCAAGGACCGCACCAACUGCCGUAUCGUCUACCAACGACCAAGCCGCGCCUACGAAUAUCCGCCCGCAGUCCGAGUUCUUCGACGACGGCACCACUAUUACCCCUCCGUUGGACCGAGCUUUAUCCGAGAAUACGAGUCCACACAAGAUGCGCAACAGCAGGGCCGCAGCGUCGGCCUACGGUCCCCGGCCGACCGGGGAUAUCUCGAGGACGCUCAUCUACAACCAGCACCGUAGCGCGAGGAGAACCAGGUUCGGUGACAAGGUUCCUGAGCCUCCUAAUUUCGCGGUUCACAUCGAGAACAGGCUCGAGUACUACUACCAGCGAGAUCAGCACCCAAGCGACGCGGACCGGGAGUUUAUCGCGUCGAACCUUGGAAUAGAGGCCACGCAUGUGGAGGCAUGGUAUCACUACCGACGGGAGCGGGACAUUGUCCGACAGCAGCUCCAGGCUUUAAAACUAGACGAUAGGCGUCGCGAUGGCCCAUCUGGGCCCAGGAUGAUCCUGCCUGGCCACUUGAACGAUCUUCUUAACGUUACCCUCCCAGGACAGGUUUUCCUAAUCGACCUUCGGACGCCAGCGGACUUUAGCCGCUCUCACGUCCAUGGGGCGGUCAACCUGCGCGCACCGGCGGCGUUCCUACGGAAUGCCUCGCUCGACAUGAUUGAGCAGGCCUUCGACGACGAUACGAGCAAGAGGACUUUUGGAAAUUGGCACUUCAGCAAGUGCAUAGUGUUCUACUCGAGAGGAGUCGAGUCCGCGAGCGAAUGUUGGGCAGCGGAGGCGCUAGCGCCCAGAUUCAGAACAUGGAACUGGGACGGCGAGGUCUAUCUACUCAAAGGCCACUACCGAGAAUUCAGCACCUCAUUUAGCAAGCACAUUGAGGGCACUCGCAUGACGGAGGAAGCUAGACAACGCGUCGAAAUGCUGCAGAAGCGGACGACUAGCCAAAACGACAUGGCGGAUGCGGAGGCUCGCUACAGGCAGUGGCAGGGCGAAAGAUGGGAGGAAGAUCAAACCGGAGGACCCGGAGCCUCGCCCACCCUGGACAAUGAGCGGCGCGAUGUUGCGGAACGCCAUGAGCAGGACCUCGAGGAGGAGUUUGAAGCUAGGUUCCCCGAGCUCGCGCGGCGGGCACGAGAGAUGUAUGAGCCGGGUGACGUGAUGAUGAGGAGAUACCCAGAAGCGCAAUCCACUCCCGUCCAGGACGGCCUGAUGAGCGACUACAAGGCUGGUAUGGUAGAGUACCUCGAUAGGGGACUGACGAAAUUGCGGGAGACUGGAGCGGCUCACCCUCGAGGAGAGGCGGCGACGGGCUCGUCGUCCGGGGCGAUGAGGGCACCUGGUCGAUCUAAACUACAGGACCUGCAGUACUACGAUCCACAGCAUUACGAGAGAGGCGCUGUGGGCGCGACGCCCGCGGCGACAGUGAUCGGGGUGGAGGCUGCUCGCAAAGAUAGCCGAGCGUCAGAGGAGUACGUCGAGAUCAGCAAGGGCGACGCCGGUGGUGAUGCUACCUUUGUGAAAGCGGGGGCCUCUGGCGAGCUCGAGGGUGCAUCGUCCCGUCGGCCAGCUAGGGAGAAGUCGAGGUGGUGGAGGUGA